AUGAGGAUACUGCGGCCUAAACUGCACGGACAUGCCGACAAGAGGACGGUUGGUACGGCAGGGGAUAUUGAUGAACACACGGAAGAAGUUAAACUCGCUCAGUCAGUAGUUGCUAGCUUCGAGAAAGAUUUGCACGAUCAAACGAAGCCAGACCGUGCUGCCCAACUGCUGAGGAAGCUACUGAGCAAGACAGAGGACGCUGAAGAUCAGGAGUGCCUCAAAGACCUGGUAGUUUCUGAUCCCCGUGACGACAAGAUGCGGAUUGAGGAAACGAAGGGUGGCCUUUGGUCGCGUUCGUACGUUUGGAUACUUGAAGAUCACGACUUCCAUCGAUGGCGAGAGAACGGCCAAAACAAGCCGUUUUGGAUCACUGGUGCUCCCGGAAAAGGAAAGACGACGAUGCUUUGUGGCAUUAUCAAUGAACUGAGCAAGCAGUUAGGAACAAACGUGUCCUAUUUCCUCUGCCAAGGCACCGACAAGCGUAUCAAUACUGGUACGGGUGUGUUGCGUGGUCUGCUUUUUCUUCUUUGCAAUCAACAGCAUUCACUCAUAUCGCACAUCCGGAGCAAGUACGACGAUGCAGGUGGAAAGCUAUUUGAGGAUCCGAACGCCUGGUUCGCAUUAUCUGGAAUACUCGAUAACAUGCUCGGAGAUCCGGGCCUAAGACACACUUGCCUAAUCGUUGAUGCACUCGACGAAUGUCUCCCAGACUCCCGGCAGCUGCUUGUGAGACUUAUUGUCCGGAUGGCUAAUGCCUAUCCAACCGUCAAGUGGAUUGUGUCUAGUCGUGAACUGGAUGAGUUCAAAAGGCAUCUUCCGGAAGCAACACACCUGUCACUUGAAUCAAGGGGAGAGUCGAUUUUCGAAGCUGUCAAUGCAUAUAUCGAUUUCAAGGUGACCAAGCUAGGACUCGGAGAGCGAAGUCUCGGUCUCUCGAAAGUCAAAACAAUCGCAGAUGAACUGAAAGAAAAAUCAGAGGGCACAUUCCUAUGGAUAGCUCUUGUCUGCAAAGUGCUUGAGUCCGCCCAUGAGUACGAAUUCAUGGAAAUCUUGCAAGAGAUGCCCACGGGUCUGAACGAACUGUACGGGAAACUGAUACAGGACAUCAAAGCUUUGCCGCGUAAAAGACCAACGCACUGCCAAUCCGUUCUGCGGGCUGUCGCCGUAGCUUUUCGGCCUUUGACGCUGGAAGAAUUGGAGGAACUGGCCGACCUCCCAAAAGAUGACCAUUACAGCCACGGCGAGCACGUCAACUCAGUCGCGUUAACGCUCGACGGUCGCCGCAUCGCGUCCGGGUCGGACGACGACACUGUCAAGAUCUGGGACGCUGAAACAGGAGGACACAUUCGGACACUCGAAUUGGGUGAGGAUAUCUUGGUGGUCACAUUCUCGCCCGAUGGUUGCCAUCUUUCUGUCGCCGUGAUUACGCGCUCUUUUGUCAUCUAUGACGCGGAAAGCGGUGGUACGGUCUCAACUUGUGGCCUACCUGACAAUGACGAUCUAAACACCCAUAUUGUUGACAAACGAUUUGCUCUCUCUCUUGGAGCCCGGUAUAUUGCAACCAGGAGGGAACAAGCUGUCAAUAUCCAGAGUUCCGCGGAUAGCAAAGCUGUUUGCAUGCUCAGGGGCCACGAGGGUUAUGUUACGUCCCUCGCCUUCUCGCCCAAAGACUGCCACAUUGUCGCCUCGUCUUCUUACGAGACAAUUAAGCUCUGGGAUGUUAUGAUUGGCGCCGAGAUCUCGACUGUCAACCCGUGA